AUGUCCAAAACAGAUCAGGAGUGGCAAGCCAUCCUUUCCCCAGAGCAGUUCAGAGUCUUGAGACAGCUGGGUACCGAGGCACCCUUCACCGGAAAGUACACUGACACUCCUGCAAGCGAGAAGGGUGUUUAUGAGUGUGUUGGUUGUGGUUCGCCACUUUAUAAAGCUAACACUAAAUUUCAAUCGAGCUGUGGCUGGCCAGCAUUCUUUGAUGCUAUUCCUGGCGCCUUGAAGACGAUUGAAGACAGAUCAUUCGGGAUGACAAGAACAGAGAUGCGUUGCGCUAAAUGUGAUGGCCACUUGGGCCAUAUUUUCAAAGGUGAAGGCUACAACACGCCAACAGAUGAGAGACAUUGCGUGAACAGUGUUUGUUUGAAGUUCAAUCCCGAAUAA